AUGUUUUUACGAACGAUAGGCAGUAGACUUUCGAUUCAGAGAGGAGCCUUGCUGCUCCGGCGUGUUCCAAUCCGUGCUGCAACUGGAGCUUACAAAGUUGUAGUCGAAGAAAACGGCGGCGACAUGUCACUGGUAGGUGAAGGUCUCUUAUUGCACACAGUAGUCACAAAACGCUUGAAAACAGGAAUGUCUCACAAGAGAGCCCUAGUUCAACCGAGACACAGUUAAUUAACACUGUAGUAGUCGCCAAACAGAACAUUCGUAGCCGUUUAAACAAAGUAGAAGUAUCAAACGACGAUAAUAAAACGUGGAAUGCACAAACCAGGUGAGGAAUUGAUCUUUGAUUUGCUUGAAGCCUGGUGAAGCCCAUAAUAUUCUCUCUAGAUGUAAUGUUAUCGAUCGAGAUCCAGUUGUGAAGAGCAGCUCAUCACAACAAACAGGGUUACCAUUUUUAACGGCAAUACGUUGCACAGAAGUGAACAUAAGCGAUGCGUGGAAGCGCUGUAACAACCCGUUUCAUUUUGUUGCAACUUGCUCGAAUAUCGAAGCCUAACGAAGCAAAUCGACCCGGCUGCAGCGUAGCUUAUUGGUUUAAAAUAUUUCUUUUCUUUGAAGUACUACACGAAUUUAAAGAGCCAACUCCCAAUAUUUUUGCCCGUUUGACGUCUAAGAUUGACAUAAAGGAGCAUCUGUGCCGAAAUUAUGAUGAAACCAUAAAAGGCAGAUUCAGACUUGUGGGGGUAUCGAUUAAACGUAAUUUAAACGCUUUGCACUGAAUGUUAGAAACGCGUAUAGCUCUAGAAGUUUGUUUUCCGUUUGCUAUCCGAAUGCAAACUUAAACGCGUCAUGGGAAAUAAAAGCUGUAAAAUGGAAAAUAGUUAUCUGCUUUCGAUUCAUUUUUCUUGGAAAAGCGGUGAAAAUUGAAUUCAUUGUCGUCGCGUGACUUGUUCUUUGAGUGUCGGUGUCAAGAAUGGACAAAAAACGAAAACAUCGGAAACAGCUAGCUAUGUUAGGGAUGAAAAUUUACUUCGGCGUUUUGAAUAGUGUCACUAAGGGAUGCGCCCCUUCCCAGACAGGCUAGUUCACCGUUCGCUUCGUCACGGCUAAAGGCGUCGGUUUGAAUUUCACCGAUUUGGACAGAAGGCUUUUAAUAGUUUUUCAAUCUUUGGUUUGUCUCACUUUGACUGUGAGCGCUUACAACAUUAACUGGCUCAUUAGUGACCUAGUAAACUGUCGUAAUCGUAAACAUACAUUUAUAAACAGGCCGGCGAUGAGACGCUGAGAGGCGCAAUAGAAGUGGGGUGAGUUGUAUAAUGCCGGCGUGACCGCUCUAAGCUAAUAACCAUAUGAAAGAGUGUUUUGUUUUUGUUUUUGUUUUUCCUUUAUUUUGACGACCUGGGGCCAAAACCAACGUCUGGAACAAGAACCAACGUCGCUUUCAAUAGCCCAAUGAAAGUCUCUUCUCGCCAGACGUUAUUAACAAAUACGGUCUGAAGUUAUAAACUUUUCUGCAACUAGCCCCUGGAGGCUACAAUUAUUUAAAUUCGACGAAUCUCGUUCGUGUAACCAGAAUUCCAAGUGGAAAGAAAUAAAGGAAGAGUGAUUUCUUGUAACAUUUACUAUCGGUGCGUCAGCUUGUUCUCGCAACAACUCUCUACUUUAAUUUCUUGAUUUAACUAGAAAGGGCGGACGGAAUUUAGGGUUUUGGGAAACUGCCCACCUACCCCUCCCCGAAGCCAACAGAUACACCGUUUCCGUGUAAGUGUACGGGUAAAUUAGCCGAUCACGUAGCCCUAAAUACGUGGAAAUUGCCUCUUACCGGAGAGAAACGGGUAGGCAACCGGGUAGAAUGGUUAUGCCAUUAUCACAUCUGGGAAAUAAUGAUUGCCUUUUAUAAAAUUACUAGGUAAACAUGUUCGGUCUCGUAGGCUGAAACGGUGUAUCUUAAGGUCACUACAUGUAUUAACAUGUACUUUUCACGUGGGGCAAAAUGUUGACCUUAGGGGAAGGGUAGGUGGGCAGUUUCCCAGAAACCUAUAUUGAUCCGAAAUGGAUGAUAUUUCUGUAGAAUGAUGAUGUGAACUGCAAAUGCGGAAAUACAAAUUUAAAUGAAGAUAUGAUCUUCAAAAAAAAAGAAAAAAAAUCGGGACUUCAACGGGAUUUGAACCCAUGGGCUCUGCGUUAACGCUGCAGAUAUUUCUAUACUACAAUGCUACAAUCCAACGAUCCUACAAUAAUUUCGUUGGCAUGAAACUCUCGGAGUGGCCGUGUCAAUUUUUCUUCCUGAUGCUUUUGGCGAUGUUCACACUUACCCGGGUAGCUUUUUGGGCCGACUUUAAAAGCUAUCGGUUGUAGUGUUAAUACCUAUACGAUAUGUGACUCUCCACUUUAGAGAUCGGCGAGGCGCAGCUUAGCUCCGUCACAGAAAUCGCGCCAAAAUCACCGUCCUAAUGUGUGAACAGAAGCCCUAUCUGGUGUUGUUUACGUCCCGGGGCAAAAGCUAUGCGGUAUGGUCAUAGUCUUAAACACCUUAUGUCGCUUCUUUGGGGUCCCUGUGGCAUUCUGCGCGCGCGAGGUUUUGCGUGAGAUUUCCGCGUUUGUCGACGUAAAGUCGAGAACGACUAUAAUUAUCGGAGUUUUCUCUUGAAUGUCUUUCCCCAGAAUUAUACGAAAGUUUUGUUUAAACGAUUUUAGGAAACGCACUGUACAACUGAAGAGAUAUAUUUCGCGGCAUUCACUCCGCCACACCUUUUCAGCAGUGCAAGCCAAGAAGGUACCGUGUAAAUUUUAGAUGGAAAUGUGCUGUUAGUGACACAUUCAGAUCAUCAAAGUUUUUUAAGGGUAGGACACACCAGGUGAUUUUUUUCUUGCGUUACCUGUUAAGGCUCUUGUUUGCCAUCUGCGGAGUCGUACCUGAUGUCGGAUUCAUAAGACAGAAAAGACUUAGGGAAGAUCGACAAUCCGAGUUGUCGGCGGCGUCAUGAAUCGUAGUCGCUAGAAUCAGAACGUUCCCCUUUUCCUCCGUUUCCGCAAGUUGCUUUUAUUUCCACUUGAUAAGCUCUGCGCGUCUGAUUCCGACCCUGUCUCCAGACAAACUGUCCUAAUCAAUUUAAACAUGCGGAUAAAACGAAAGGAGACUGUUUCUAAGUCAUGAUGCGACAGGAAGUCGCUUGAUAAGAGCCCUUGCUUUGUGUAGUGACAUUCGUGGAUAAAGAAACGUGAACUGCAGAACAGGCGUUAUUUCUUUGCGCUUUUCAGGCGAGAAAAGUCAAGCGCAAAGCGACGGGGGAAAGCGAAACAGUAACGCCGCGCCUGUCCUCAAACCACUGUUUGUGCUUUUUUGCCGUUCAUAUAGUGAACGCAGCUAUCCAGUUAGCUAAUUUCCGCGCCUUCCUCGUCGCGCGAAGAAUCGAGGAUGUUCUUUGAAAAAUUAGAAUUAAGCUCCCGUAGAUACUAAUCUGGGCGUGGCUUUAUACACCAGCAUAGUACAGUAUCGCAGAUACUGACAGCAAUUCUUUUCCAAAAUAUGUCUUUUAUUACAGUCAUGAGAGAUCUUUGUGUGGUUAAUAUUGACGUUCCGUCUUGAAGACCCUGUAAUUUACACCCCAAAGCGAGAUAAAGAGCAUCUUUUUUCUUUUCAUAUAUGGGAGUUCUCCUUCUCACCGGAUUAAAUUAAACCAUACGGUUUUUUGUUCUUCUUGUUGUUGUUUUUCAAAACCGUUCUUUGACUAUGACCUUAACUAUUGACACUAUUUCUAAUUGACUUUUAACCACAGCAGGAUUAGCUCAGUCGGUAGAGCGCUUGACUGUAGAACAGGAGGCGUGGGUUGCAAUCCCGGGACCAGACCAAUACUCAGGGUCUUAAAAUAACUGAGAAAUGAAAGUACUGCCCUUGCCUUGCUUCCAAACGGCUAGACCUUCCCGUGGCUCGGAUGACCACGUAAAAUGGUGGUCCAGUCUCCAGUUGGAGACGUAAAAAUAGUAUCUCAAUUAGUACAUUAGUCCUAAAUAGAUUGACACUCAAAUAAAGGGCAUUCUUUUUGUUUUAGAUGAAGUACAAGAACGUAGAUGAUUUUAUGCAGCAAGUUGUUAUAGCAAAGAACCCGGGUGAACACGAGUUUCAUCAGGCCGUCGAAGAAGUUGUAAGCUCCUUAUGGGACUUCCUAAAGGAAAACCCCGCCUACCUUGAGGGCAACAUCUUAGAACGCAUCGUGGAACCAGAAAGGGUCGUCAUCUUUAGGGUCCCUUGGAGGGAUGACAAAGGAGAGACCCAUGUUAACAGGGGCUUCCGUGUGGAGUUCAAUUCAGCCAUUGGCCCUUACAAAGGGGGUCUGCGCUUCCAUCCCUCCGUCAAUUUAGGAAUUCUUAAGUUUCUUGGAUUUGAGCAAGUGUUAAAAAACAGUCUCACGACCCUUCCUCUCGGAGGCGGAAAAGGAGGCUCGGAUUUCGACCCGAAAGGAAAGAGCGACAACGAGGUAAUGAAUUUCUGCCAGUCAUUCAUGUCCGAGCUUCAGAGGCACAUCGGCCCAAACACGGAUGUCCCGGCCGGAGAUAUUGGCGUGGGAGCAAGAGAAAUCGGGUACCUGUUUGGCCAGUACAAGAAAAUACGCAAUGAAUUCACUGGGGUGCUGACCGGUAAAUCGUAUUCGUUUGGUGGAAGUUUGCUGCGACCGGAAGCCACCGGGUACGGCCUCGUAUACUUCACUGCGGAGAUGCUAAACACGCGACGCGAGACCUUCAGGGGAAAACAGGUUACGGUAUCUGGGUCCGGGAACGUGGCACAGUUUGCGUCUGAGAAAGUCAUGCAACUGGGGGGCAAGGUGGUAACACUAUCCGACUCAACGGGGACCAUCUACGACCACUCCGGCUUGGACAAGGAAAAGAUCGAGUACGUCAAAUAUCUGAAAAAUGUAAAACGAGGACGCAUCAGCGAGUAUGUGGAGAAGUUCCCCGAUGCAGAGUUCUUCCAAGGGAAGCGGCCAUGGUUUGUAAAAUGUGAUGUCGCUCUACCAUGCGCCACUCAGAACGAAGUGAGCAAGGAAGACGCGGAAAUGCUGGUCCAAAAUGGCUGCUACUGUGUGGCAGAAGGCGCGAACAUGCCCACUGAGCCGGAAGCCAUUGAAGUGUUCCAGAAACACAAAAUCCUAUACGGGCCUGGUAAAGCGUCCAACGCUGGGGGCGUGGCCGUUUCCGGUCUGGAGAUGUCUCAAAACAGCUUGCGUCACGCCUGGACCCGUGAGGGUGUAGACGAACGCUUGCAUGACAUCAUGGAGAGCAUUCACAAUACCUGCGUCAUGUAUGGUACCUCGAAAGAUGGCUACACCGACUAUGUAAAGGGCGCGAAUAUUGGCGGCUUCAUGAAGGUGGCUCAAUCCAUGAUAGAACAAGGAAUUGUUUAG